AUGCUGAGCUCGGGUGACUCAGGUCACGUGGGAUCAAGGCACAACCCAGGUUACUACCGUCCCAGCCUCUACAACCACCAGCCUCGACCCCGUCCCGGCCACCACCAGUUCCCCGUGGCUUCCGUUAUCGACAAGGACCCAUUGUACAACAUCUACUCCCGUCCUGGAGUCCUCAAGAAGCCGUACCACAACAUGACCAGAGUCCUUAAUAUCGAUGCUGAGUGCCAGGAUGACUUCAUGAGGAUCCAUGUCCAGUUCAACGGCUCCUUCAGCGGUCUCAUCUACUCCUUAGGUUAUGCCUACGAUGGAGACUGCAUCUACGUGAACGGCUCUGGUCGCCUCGUUUACGACUUCUUCAUCCAGCUUAACCGUUGCGGUACUCUGAGUGGCAAUGAGAAGGGCAGGGAGGACAUCAGAGGUCGCACGCCCUCGAAGAACAUGAUGUGGAACACACUGACGGUGCAGUACAACCCGCUGAUCGAGGAGGUGUGGGACGAGCACUUCAAGGUGACUUGCGAGUAUGGCUACGACUUCUGGAAGACAGUCACCUUUCCCUUCCUCGAUGUCGAAGUUCAGACGGGCAAUCCCGUAGUUUUCACCCUGACGCCUCCAGAGUGCCACAUGGAAAUCCGCUACGGUAUUGGCACCACGGGAAAGAGAGUAACAGGUCCGGUGCGUGUGGGCGACCCCCUCACUCUGGUCAUCUACAUGCGCUCAGAGUUCGAGGGCUUCGACAUCGUGGUGAGUGACUGCUAUGCUCACAACGGCGGCAAUAAGCGUAUUGCUCUCAUCGACCACUACGGGUGCCCGCUGGACGAGUCGCUCAUCAGUCACUUCGAAGGUACGCGGACUUCAGAAGGUCUGUACGAGACACAAGUGUACGCUUUCAUGAAGACUUUUCGCUUCACCGGCUCCCCAGCUCUCUACAUCGAAUGUGACGUCAGGAUGUGCCACGGAGAUUGUCCGCUAUGCAAAGUGGUGGGACUUAAGUUUUUGAUAAAAGCAGGUCCCAGUAGCUACAUCACUCCACGUCACAAUGACAUAUGCGCUUCUCACCGACGCCAACCCAGUUUACAACCAAAGAUCGAGAGCUAUAGCCCAUCCCUCCGCACACCCAAAGAGAUAAUUGCAGGCAGAGAGUGCAGGAGUCGCAAGAAAAAUCAGGGCUGGCUGCACUCCACUGCACUUACCAAGCGAACGUCACUGCACCUCCACGGCCUACCCUCCCGCUGGCUCCUUGAACCUCUUCACACAGUCUUGGGAGCUUAG